UGCACGGGGGGACGGAGAACCCAUUCGUCAUCGGAGAGGAGAACGUGUGCUUUUAAACGCCGUCCGCGUUAUUUUUGAUAAAGAAAGAUCCUCCGGUUCAGGCGGGCUUUGCCGCUGCGUUCUCCGGUGUCGGUAACCGGGACGGCAGUGCUUCAGAGAAAACACGUCGGGAUAUUAUUAUUAUUAUUGUUAGUAUUAUUAUUAUGGAGGAGUCCCGUUCAGACGUCCGCGGCAGCGCGCUGACAGGAGACGGCGCGAGAAAAUGCCAAAUGAGCAUUUAGGAGAAGCCGUGAAGCAUUUUGGUCCGAAAUAAUUCAUGAUUCCGGUGCGGGACGAAGGAGAAGAGGAGCGAAAUCUGCCUUGCCAAGAAGAAGAAGAGGAAGAGGAGGAGGAGGAGGAGGAGGGGGGAGCAGAGGAGUUUGAUGGAGUUGUGUGCGCUUAUGCCGGUGAUUGUUUUUUUUUAUCCAUAACGCACAAGAGUAGUUGAGCGACACGCCGUCAUCAUGUUCGACUGCAUGGACGUGCUGGCCGUGAGUCCCGGGCAGAUGCUGGAUUUCUACACGUCCAGCCCGUCCUCCUGCAUGCUGCAGGAGAAGGCUCUGAAAGCCUGCAUCAGCGGACUGGCGCACAGAGAGUGGCAGCACCGCCGGAGCGCACACUCCAUUGAAACGCAGAGCACCAGUUCUGAGGAGCUCGUCCCCAGCCCACCGUCCCCACCGCCCCCUCCCAGAGUCUACAAACCCUGCUUCGUCUGCCAGGACAAGUCCUCUGGAUACCACUAUGGCGUCAGUGCUUGUGAGGGCUGCAAGGGUUUUUUCCGCCGAAGUAUCCAGAAGAACAUGGUGUACACGUGUCACCGGGACAAGAACUGCAUUAUCAACAAGGUGACGAGGAACCGCUGUCAGUACUGCCGCCUGCAGAAGUGCUUUGGAGUGGGAAUGUCCAAAGAGUCUGUUCGAAAUGACCGGAAUAAGAAGAAGAAGGAGAGCCCAAAGCCUGAGCUGGCAGAGAGCUACGAGCUGACAGCCGAGCUGGAGACCAUCAUUGAAAAGAUUCGUAAGGCCCAUCAAGAAACCUUCCCCUCCCUCUGCCAGCUUGGCAAAUACACCACGAACUCGAGUGCAGACCACCGUGUGAGGCUGGACCUGGGCCUGUGGGACAAGUUCAGCGAGCUGGCCACUAAGUGCAUUAUCAAGAUCGUGGAAUUUGCCAAACGAGUGCCUGGCUUCACGGGGCUGACCAUCGCAGACCAGAUCACGCUCCUGAAAGCUGCCUGCCUGGACAUUCUGAUCCUGCGCAUCUGUACGAGGUACACCCCCGACCAGGACACUAUGACCUUUUCAGACGGGCUGACCCUCAACCGGACGCAGAUGCACAACGCUGGCUUCGGCCCGCUCACCGACUUGGUGUUCACUUUUGCCAACCAGCUGCUGCCCAUUGAGAUGGACGACACGGAGACAGGCCUCCUCAGCGCCAUCUGUCUCAUCUCUGGAGAUCGUCAGGAUCUGGAGGAGCCCUCCAAGGUGGACCAGCUCCAGGAGCCGCUCCUGGAGGCUCUGAAGAUCUACGUGAGGAAGCGUCGGCCCAGCAAACCGCACAUGUUCCCCAAAACCCUGAUGAAGAUCACAGACCUGCGCAGCAUCAGCGCUAAAGGAGCAGAGCGGGUCAUCUCUCUGAAGAUGGAGAUUCCGGGUUCCAUGCCACCGCUCAUCCAGGAGAUGCUGGAGAACUCAGAGGGCCAAGAUGGCCAGAGCAGUGGCAGCAGCAGCAGCAGCAGCAACAACAGCAGCAGCAGCAGCAGCAGCAGCAGCAGCAGCAGCAGCAGCAGCAGCAGCACUUCGGCUGCGGCUGAGGCUGAGGCGGGGGCCAGUCCCAGCAGUAAGGGCAGCCCCAAUGAGGACACCGCUGCAGUUGAGUCACCAGAGCCCUUGGACACCGAAGGGGCUACAGCCACAACACCCAGCGAUGAGCCCUAGGAGGCACCUGUAGGUGCCGCCAAAACUCUCUCUGACUUUCCUUUGCACAAAAAAGGAAGAGCUGGGCAAGGCACCAACCCCUUCUUACCCCCUCUUACCCCCUCUACCCCAACUCCUUUGCUUGGUAUUACGUUAUCUUUAUAUCCUCAUCCUAUUUUUCUCCCUCUAUUCCCCUAAAUUCCCUCCUUAAAAAGAAAUCGUCAACACGGAGGCCUCAAAGGAUCAGUGCUUUGUGUAUAAUUCUGAAUUGAGCUCUUAUUUGGCGUGGUGUCUCUGGGACAGGGACUGUGACAGGAAGGGCGUGGCCCUCUCAAACCGCCAGAGAUGAUACUCCUCAGGUCUCCUGUGUAAAUUCUUAUCUGCAUGACGGGAGUUUGAUAAGUGGUUUUACUCCUCUCUCUCUCUCUCUCUCUCUCUCUCUCUCUCUCUCGUCUCUGUCCUCAUCUCUUCAUCUCUUGUAUUGUUGGCAUAUGUACAUUGUACAUACCAUUGUAUGGUUAGAUCUCUGUUUCUAUGAUGAAUUUUGUGGUGCUUUUUUCAUUGUCUUAAAUAUUAUCUUUGAAGCGAUACAUCAAGGUUUAAAGCAGGACUAAUUGUAAGUCCUUCAAAAAGUUAUGUAGAAUGUUAUUGCAUAUAGACAUUAUGGAAGUCUAAUAUUUUAUAUUUGUUCCUAUAUUUAAAACUGUUUUUGUCUGUUUUUAUAACACUUCUUGGUUCAUGUCUCUACAUGAAUGAGUGUACAUCCACGCCGCCAGAAUGCAAAGCUUCUCUCCAUAUCGACAGCCGAGUCUGUUCAACUGUUCCCUCAAAGGAGGGGAGCACAACAGCAGAAGCCUUUGAUACACUCUCAUCAGACUGACCGCGUCUGUUUAACUCUCAGUCUUGACAUGAACCACCGAGAGCCGACGUGCAAGAUUAGAUUUCGAAUAAGCCGGUCUAUGAAAUCAACUCAUUUGGUGGCUGUAUCUCCUUAGUAAAUCAGUUUACCUCAUUGUCAAAACAAAUCGGGAAAAUGAGGUAGCUGAUGGAUGCCAGAGAUUUUUCUGUAGCAGGCUGUGAUCACAUAGGACGCUUUUUGUAUCCAUUUCCCUAUUACCCUGUGCUUCAACUGGACCAUGAUUCAACUUAAACUGUCGCACUUUAUUAUAAACAUCUGGUCAGUUGAGAAGUUUAACAAGUUCAAGUUCAAGUCAGUGUUGUGCCACAGUUUGUUUCCCCUUAAAAAUCAGUUUCCAAAAGGUUUCUUUUUUACUGGUGUAACCACAAGUGUCCACUGAUUCUAUGAGGAAGAUGUCUGGCUUCACCAUUAGUCUGCUUUCUAUUUAUUAAUUGAAUUUCCACCACAUGAUUUCUUUCUUCAGUGGAAAAAGUACUAAAAAGGUGUCAUUGCCAGGGAAACAAAUUUGGAAUACACAUGUUGGCACAACAACAGUGAAACUGAGAUGAAAAUAAAUCCUCAAAACGGACGUCAUGGAUCCGGAUUCUCUCUGGCAUGUUGCCCUCUUGUUUGCAAGCCCAGCCAGCAUCCAUCUCCUCUUUCCUGGAGUAAAGUGAGUCUGUGGAACUUUUGCUGAAAGGCAGUCCAAGAGGCAAAUAGGCGAGGGGUCAUUCCUAUGUUCCCAGGGUCCUAUUUUCCUGAGUUCUGGGGUUAGGGGUUUAGAGAGCUUCAGGCCCUUAGCUCCCAUAGGGGAUAAUUGUAAAUAUUUUUACUCAUGUCACCAUGUUCUGAGCUCUACUUUGGUGACAAGGGUUACUACCAAAAAAAGACGCAUAUUGUGAUCAAUGGUCAUUUUUAUGUAGCCCUUUUGUUAUUUUGGUCACAUGUAGCACUCCUUUUACCCUUUAAAUUCUUUGUUUCUGUGUUUGAGUGUUCAGUCUGAUCACAGCCUAUGGCAGUUUUGACUUUUGCCUGAAUGUCAGCCUAAUGAGUGUGUAUCUACCGCUAACAACAUGUACUACCAACCGGGCUCUACAAACGCACAUGGGCUCUGUUAUGGCCUUAUGAACAGAGCUCCUCAACCCGCUUUUAUCUCCCUUUUCAGAAGUGUCUUGUUAGAACCGGUGAAACACGGGGGCAAUGCAAUCCUUAAAACACACUGAUGACCGGACCAUGUGGGUCGGGACGAUUGUACACUAAUGUAGAAAGCACACGGUGGGGUGGAAUCCACGAAUCCUCUCUGAACGUUCGCCUUGCUCUUCAGACAUGACGAUGUAAGCUACAUUUAAUGAUGCAAAAGGAGAUUCCAGAUGACCUUUCAACCCCCCUGGGAAGUGCAGUGGAGUAAAGCUUCUCUUUGGACAGUAGAUCCAACUGAGCUCUUAAUCUCAUUGGCGGGGGAAGUAGGCGGUGUGUCUUACAUCAGAUGAGGUGGUCCUGCUGAAAUUAAAAGAUGAUCCGAGAAAGCUGCUUUUCUCCACAGCUGAGGUCACACGUGAUACUAAACAAUAAGAAAUAAAGUCCAUGAUAUCCUCUUAUAGGACCCAGAUCCCUCACUACCCCGCUGUCCCUGCUGGCUGAAUAACAGCUCCAUUCACAUCCACUGGUAUCAAGUGGUUGCUCACUUACAGCACAGAGGACAAACUAACUGAAGCACUUAAAUGUUGAACCUUUGAAAUGUAGCUGUAUUACUGAAACUGGACAAUAUGACAAUAACAGCAGAACCUCCACGACCAAAAGAGGGGGCCAAGGUUUAGCUUCAAAGAAAUUAAGCACAAAAGAUAUACGUUACAGAAAUGUUUAAUAUCAAACAAAGGAAAUUCUUUCACGCUUCUGGAAUCAUUUCAGAAAUGAUGGUCUGGAGCACUCUAAAUGUCUCAGUCUUAGUUUAAACAUGAAAUUAGCAAGUUUUCACAAAAGUGGUGGUUUAUAAGCAGAUAUCUGUGCCAGCGUAUUGAAUUUGGUUCUUCUGAAUUUGUGUUUUGUCAUUUCAAGCUGUGUAUUAAGUUGUCAAUUUGAUCAAAAAUGAAUUUGCCCUGACUAUAACAGGAUUGAAGCCGGAUUUAAUUAAAUCCAAGUUCAAGUUGUGGUGCUACAGUGCAAACAUGCUUAGGUAAACCCCAUGGACUGAACUGAUGACUGAUGAAAGUUUGCUUAGUUGUCAUGGAACUAAAGAUAUUUUCCAUGCUUCAAAAGGAAAACUUAGACAAGAAAUGCACUUGUUUGCUAGAGCUGGGAGUUAGUUAGCUAGCAAGCUUAGCUUAGCAUAAAGACUAGAGUAAGCAAGGCUAACUGUUUCCCCCUGUUUCCAAAGAGAAAGACAAAAGAAUGACUAGUUCAAAAAUGUGUUCAUGAUUCGUCUUGGAAACAGUAGUUUAUGAUGAUGAUACUCAGUUUCUGACCAACGCAAAUUUAAAACCUGAUUCAAAACCAAAAUUUGUCACAGUUUUUUGGCACAGAUAUCUUCCCAUACAGGUUGCCCUGAACGCCUCACAAUGUUUGCAGAGAUUUAAAUUAUAGAGGAAACUGAAGCGGUGACUAGAUGAGUCACUCAGCUUCUUACAUUUGAUCCAAAAGAGGAAAGUAAGACAACCCUUUAGGGCAGUGAAGGGUUCUGGGUCUCAGCAGCACAUAAUAAAAACCCAUCUGCAUUCCAUCCCUGCUCAGAAAUACAUAUCAUAAGGGAAACCAGAGCUCUUUCAGUUUUUAUUUUUUUGAAUGUGAAUUAUGUCAUGGAGUCUGUCAGAAUGAUAUGCAGUGUUAAGGAAUACUUACUUCUAUCUCAAUGUAACAUAGGAAAUGCUCUCCCUUGGUUCUCUCUCUGUCUUGCUCUCCUGGUGAGAGAUGAAGGGAGGCAUCUUGGUGUUUUUCCUUCUUUUUUUUUAUUUGAAGCUGGAAAACCUUCACAGCCGAAGAAUGUCCACAUCCACCCCUGAAGCGUCAGACCAGCCUUCAGGCGACUGACCGCGGCAGGGACUGUUAUCAGUUCCUUUAGGACACAACUUCACAAUGCUGAAUUACUCUUAUUCGUUUCUGUUGAAUGUUGUACCGACGUAACUGUAAUACUCUACUAUCUAGCUCACUGCAGAGAUGUUAUAUAAAUGGUGUGUGCUUUGCAUUCCAAUUGGCAGCUCUGUGGAAAAGACGCUCUGUUUUUUGUCCUUGGGAACAUCAACUCACAUUCAAGUGUAAAAAAAAAAAGGAGGAACUGGAACUUGGUGGGCUGAUCUGGCCAUCCAGAUCAUACUCCACACACACACACACACGUAUAUAUUAUUUGGGACAAUGAGAAAGAAAAGCCCACGAACGAAAGAAAUGGACGACCAAGUCACCUCAGCACCCGAUAUCGUCGAUAUGUUCUGUUCCUGUUCCAUGUCAAACAACAGAGCUGCUAACCCCUUCCUCAGCCAGGAAGCCAAUUUGCUGUCGUCAAUCAAUCAAACCCAAUCAAUCGACAGCUAUUUGGUUAACAGGUCAACUAAUGAACUAGGGUUCGACCGAUAUGGGGUCCAAUCAAACCAAUCACUGAUCCUGAGCCAAUAUUUAGUCCUGGGGGGGGGAUCAAUCUUCGGAUACACGAACAAUGAUGGGGUUUGGGUAUAACACAACUCCAACUGACUGCUAACAUUGUCCUGUGUGCACUACAUGUGUAAUAUAGGUAACUGUUUGCUAAUAUGUUUGCCAUUAACAACUUUACAAGGUGACAGUAUGUCAGUGUUGUGUUCAUAACUUGUUCUGCUGCCCCCAAGUGGCCAAACAAUCAGUUAUUGUAGCUUUAAAGUGUUGUUACAUUGGCCACAUUUGACAAAUUAUUUACAGGAAUAAAACAUUAACCUAAAACAAAAAUCAAAGUUGAAAAAGAGAGCCAAAAAAGAGUCAAUCAAAAGAGUUGUUGGUGAAUUUUAGUUUUGCCUUACAAUUACACCAAAACAGAAAAACCGCCAUUGACGCCAUGUUGGUAGAGCAGGAAGAAUGAUAAUGAUAUUCUGGUAUUCUGACUUUACAUUAUUCCAAGAUGGUAACCUCUUUGCUAGCCUUGUAGUCAAAGCAUAUAAGCAUAAUUAGAUAUUUUUCUUCUGUUAUAUAUUUUUAGUGGCAUGUAAGCACAACAUUGUGCAGUGCCUUAUAAUUUGUGGAAUCAACUGAAUUUUGGUUAACAUUGGAUAUUGUUUCGAUGUUGCCAUGAGCAAUGGAGACACUCUUUUCACCAAUUAUCAGAAAUUCACAAUACAUGAACAAUACGACAUGAACGCAACUUUAGCUUACUUGCUAACUCGACUAAUCAGAAAACACCAUAUAUAUUAGUACAGGUCUAAAAACUCAAUAUCAUCCCCACAUAUCGGUCUAACUCUAGAUAAAACACCUAUAGGAGCCAGAAAACAUGACUGUGAACCUCAAUAUCAAUCAUUAACAGUAGCUCUGUUGUUGUCCGUCCUGAAGGUAUUCUUGGUAGACAUCACAAACUGUCCACAGUCGCCUUUUUCCAUCGGUAUCAGAGAACCCCACCACCUAUCAUAUGCAGUGUUGUAUAGUCAUGUUAAUAUGAGACAUGAUGGUUAUGUCUUACUGGGCAUGAGGGGGGAAGGGGUGGGGGUUGUUGUGGAUUUGUCCCAUCAGCCCCUGCUGCCAGCCCAUAGGGUGAAGUCGACCUCAGGAGCUGCUCUGAGGUCUGAGCUUCAAUCUGUUUCAGCUCUCCAUUUUAAAUAUUGUCUUUGUUUGUAUAUUAACAUAUGCUUUUUAUGUUCAUAUACUGUUUAACUUUACCAUGAACUGUCCUGGCAAAGUAAUAAAAUAUAUUUAUUUUAAAA